AGUGUCGAUUCAGUCUUCAGCGGUGUACAUCGGCGGGCUAAAGCGAGAGAUAGCAAAAGCGCAAGUGCCAGUUCGACCAAGACCCUCGCCUAAAAGCGGGAGAGAAAAUAAUACAUUCUGAGAGCUAGGCGCGGAACGCAAAAAGGCUCUGCUGGUUCACUGUCUUUUGGACACGACGCUACACUCUCUGCAAGUCAACAGUGGUGCGUAGUGUGAAGGCGAACCAGCAAUUCUCUCGUCGUCGCCCGGUGCCUCUUUAACAAACGGGCACGCGGUUACUACGCACGGACCCAGAAACGCCUGCCUACAGCGCCAGCCUGCCGAGAGCAUUUUCAGCCAACAUCAAAGGAUUCGAGUUUUUUGCAGCCAUCUUCAACGUUUACAUCCACAGCUCGCUGCUGCUCUACGAUGGUCCUUCGAAGCAAGCACUUGGUGCGCUAUGUAUUCCAGCAUCAGCAUAAACUUAUCCAGCAGCUGCUGCAGAAUCAGGUGAGGCUGUGCAGCGGCCAUGGGUUCCAGCAGCAGACUGCACUCAAGGUGGAGGAGGAGGACAGUUUCCCGAAAAUCUCCGAUGCGCUCCCGAUUGCUGCACCGUUUCCCAUGAAGCUGGACCACGCCGCUGAUGUGGGCGAACAGUUUAAGUACACCGACCUGAGCGUGCGUCUUGCGGCACCUCACCAGCUGAAUCCGAAACCAGACGUAGAUGACCUCGCGUUUGGCAAGUACUUCACCGAUCACAUGUUGCGGGUACCAUAUCACCGUCGCUUGGGCGGCUGGCAAAAGCCGGAGAUCACACCAAUGGAGAACCUGAACCUACAUCCGGCGGCGAAGGUGUUCCACUAUGCGAUUGAGUUGUUCGAAGGGAUGAAAGCGUACCGCGGCUACGAUGGAAAAAUUCGUUUUUUCAGACCGGAUAUGAAUAUGGCACGCAUGAACGUGACUGCCCACCGAUCCGGUCUACCGACGUUCGAGAGCGAGGAACUGAUCAAGGCGAUGGCCCGGCUUGUAAUGAUUGACUCAGAGUGGGUACCACACACGGAAUCCGCUAGCCUCUACAUACGCCCCACUUUGAUCGGCAUUGAGCCAACGUUGGGGGUUGCUUCGUCGGAUUCGGCUCUGCUCUACACCAUCUUGUCUCCGGUUGGACCAUACUUUAAGCCUGGUGCCAGUGGGCUGAAACUGUACGCUGAUCCAAAAUACACAAGGUCGUGGCCCGGUGGCGUUGGUGAUCGGAAAGUUGGCUCAAAUUACGGACCAACGAUCCAUGUGCAAAAAGAGGCCCUACGAAGCGGUUGCCAGCAAGUUCUGUGGUUGUACGGCGACGAUCAUCAGCUAACCGAAGUGGGUGUGAUGAAUAUUUUUAUGCUGUACAUCAAGGAGAAUGGAGAGCGUGAACUUCUGACACCACCCUUGGACGGACUAAUAUUGCCUGGAAUCACGCGAGACUCUAUCAUUCGUUUGUGCCACGAGUGGGGAGAGUUUUCGGUUAACGAGCAGAAGUUCACCAUGUCUAUGGUGAAGAAGCUGACUAAAGAGGGCCGACUUUUGGAACUGUUUGGCGCUGGAACGGCUGCCGUCAUCAGUCCGAUCGAUUGUAUCUCAUACUUGGGUGAGGAUAUCUCCAUACCGACGCAGAAGCAUGACAAUCCGGUGUUUCAACGCCUCUACAACACGCUCACCGACAUCCAAUACGGGAAGCUAGAACACCCGUGGGCGUACGUCAUAGAUUAACACGUUGUGUCUUCUUCUUUCGCAACAUGUUUGCAUUUAUGCAAGUUAUGCUGUGAUUAAAUUGGUAUGUUACGGUAGAUAGAGUGAAAAAUACUGCGUUAAACGGAACUAGAGAUUUAAAGUUGUUGGCCAACCGAUGGAGAAGCGAGAGGUAAUAGAAUAUCUAUCCACAGCCUAAUAGAGAAAGUAGGUAAUAGAAAAUCCUUCACAGUUUCGGAUGUCUGGAACAAUGGCCGAAUUCAAUAGGUAACUGCACUCAACUUCACUACACUUUCCUUCGUUCUUCGGUUUUUAAAUUUUUCCCCACCUGGCCACUAUUUACACUUCACUUCUAGCGCACUGCCGUUAUCCGUUUUUUCUAUCUAAACCUCAUCUUAGUCUUACACGCAUUCCGUUUAUCAGCAUUCCCUUUUCUUGCCUGUAUAUACAACAUUAGUUAUACUAUUAGAAUAAUUUUCUCAUGUUGUUAGCCGCUGACAUUUAACUAAUUUAACACUUACACCAACAAUACAACAGCAACAUCAUUCAUACCCUUCUGGCUACCACCAGGAAAACAAUUUGCGUAACAAAUAGGAGUUCAAAAUUGUCUCGGCUCUAAAUGUUUUGUAUUUAUUUUUGAUGCAUGUUUCUGUGCUGUACAAGCAAUAAUGCUGUUCUUCAUACCAAGCGAAGAUGAGCCAAUUCCGAUUUCGUUUGUACUUCCGGUUAACAAUGUAUGUUAGAAUAACAACAAGGCAGGUUGUUGUAUAUAUGUGAUGUAUUUUAUUGGCAACCAUUCAAACAUACAGGAAAAGUUGGUUGGUGAAGGAAGGGUAAAAUGGAGGAACCCAAUGCCAUUUCACUAGCAGUAAAAGACUUUCUCUUGCCAUUUCACCUACGGUGAUGAUUUGCGAAAAUGACAGACUAGAUACGAAUCAGCGACAUCGAUGAUUUUACCUUUUUGUGGUUGAACGUGCAUUUACUAGGAUUUUAAGGAGUAAGUCAUUUUCAUGCAAAGAGCAUAGCUGACAGAUCAGGAGCGUUUGAGGCUUUGUUGCAGAGGCAUGCAGCUGGCAUGCAGAGUUGCUGGCUCAUAAAACACGAACGCAUUUAGCUAAAUUCAAUAGUCCGGAUGAAGUGUGCCGCGAAAACUCGUGGGCGAAAAGUGAUACGGCUGGAGCGGUCCGCAAUGUGAUGUGAUUUGAACUGCUACACAAAGUGAAUUGCGUUAAAGUGCCACUCACCCCAACCGUGUUGGUUGUGGGACUUUUUGUUGUGAUAGGGUAUGUUUCCAUUUAAUUUCCACUGAGCAUAAUGAUGAAACAAAACUUUGCAUCUAAACAAGCUUACAUUGAAAAUGUACAUUUAUUUCAUUUCAUUUAUUUUGUAUUUUUAGUAAUUUUUUGUUUUAAAACAACAAUGUUGUCGUACAAAUGGAGAAAAAAGUGCAUUUCACAACAUAUUUGUCUCUUUUUGUACAUAUAGCGAAAAAGAGCUUGCUUUGUUUAUGGAGCCGAUCCUGAUUGUUGGCUUAGGUAUACCAGAAAAGGGUUUAAUAGUGACUAACGGACGGAGCGACUAGCGGCCUUGCGCACAUACCUUUUGUGGCUCCUUGACAAGCGUUAAUUUUAGGUUAGUCGAUUUGCCACAUAUUUGCUAUGUAACUCGCGAUAGUAAUAGUGCAAAGACAUGGCAAAAUUAUACAAAUAGAAAUAAAUAAGGAAAAAGAAAAUUUACAACCUA